AUGAAUGGAAUAUCUGCUGAAGUAGGAGGCGGACAAGAACUUAUGGUAAGGAAAAUGGAUAAUGAUGUGUGUGACACCCAAUGGGAAAAACUGGGAGCUUGGUUUAUAGGACCCACAGCUGAAAAUCUAGACGAGUUCUGCGACCUCGCCAUUGAAUCGAUUCGUCAAAAUGUCAAACCACAAAACUACUUUUCAAAUGACCGUGAGAUGAUCACAAAUGAGGUGAAAUCAUCUACAACUUACAAGAAGGAAAUGGCUAAACUAAAAUUGGAAUUGAAGGGUCUCAAUGUCGCACUUACAGAAUCUAUUCCAUACUCCAGUGUCAGAUAUCAGGGUCACAUGGUGUCUGAGACAACGCUACCUGCAAAGUUGGGUUACCUCGCCGCAUGGAUGACAAACGCGAAUAAUGCAGCUAGCGAGCUCGGACCAGUCACAACUCGACUCGAAAUAGAGGUAGGAAAACAAUUGUGCGAAAUGAUUGGCUUUGAGUCGACAUGCCAUCCAUGGGGACACAUUACCAAUGGUGGAUCCACUGCAAAUUUGGAAGCCUUGUGGGCAUCCAGGAAUAUCAAAUUCUUCCCAUUGGCCAUACAAAAGGCCAUUAAGGACGAGCGAGUGUUAGCCAGUGCAAGGGAUCUAAGCGUGUAUAUUCCAAGGCUAGGAAGAAAGCAGAAAAUAACAACCACAUCCACAUGGGAUUUGCUUAAUCUUGAUCUUGAUGACAUUGUGGAAUUACCCCAUAAUAUUCAGCGUCAGACAGGAAAAGAUGCAGCUGUUCUCAAAGAUGUUCUGAACAAAUACACUCUGGCCAAUGAUGGUUUCGUCCAGUUUUAUCUGCUGCACGGCUUAAGGACUGCACCUAUAAUUAUAGCUUCAGCAGCAAAUCAUUUUUCAUGGGGAAAGGCUGCAACUCUCGUCGGUGUUGGUGGCCGAAAUCUCGUUUGUGUCCCCUUCGAUCGAAAUGCAAGGAUGGAUAUUGUAGCAUUACGUAAACUCUUGGAUGAAAAGUUGGCAAAGAAGGUUCCAGUGAUUGCAGUGAUAUGUGUGUUUGGUACUACAGAACACGGAGCCGUGGAUCCUAUUUCAGAUGUCCUCAAGCUGAGAACAGAAUACAGAAACAAGGGCCUGAACUUCUACAUACUAGCAGAUGGGGCUUGGGGAGGUUACUUUGCCACACUUAUAAGACAAUCCCAGGGAGACGAUCAGCCAUUACCACCUUUUCCCAUAAGUGACUACAUACAUGAGCAGUUGACCAAACUGAAGUAUGUGGACACUGUGACUAUUGACCCUCAUAAGUCCGGAUACUGUCCCUAUCCGGCGGGGGGUUUGUGUUAUAGAAACGGACAUAUGAAGUCAUUUAUCUCCUUUGCUACGGACAUGGUGUUCAUGGAUGCAGAUACGGUUUCCAACUGCAAUGGAGUCGAGGCGUCAAAACCAGGCGCCGGGCCGGCUGGAGUUUACCUUACUCAUAAGGUAAUUGGACUACACAGCUCAGGAUAUGGACGAAUCCUUGGCCAGUCGAUGCUCGGAGCUAAACUGUUCUAUUGUGCCUGGAUGACCGCCGCUAAUUCUGACGACAACUUUGUGUGCGUUCCUUUGACACCAAUCCCAGAAGACUUUGACUAUGACGAGGAAUCAGCGAAGACGUUUAUCAGAGACAGAAUCCUGAGUUCGUCCUAUAAGGACCUUGUGACGGAUGCCGAGGUGAUGCGUUUUCUGUCCGAGAUUGGUCCGGAUGUAGCAAUAAACGCCUUUGCCGUGAACACGAAGGGAAACACCAGUGUUAACAAGUGCAACCGUCUCAACAUGGCCGUCUUUGAAAAGUUGUCUCAGUCGGACCCCAGGCGAAAAACCAUUCGUGACAUACCAUUGUUCCUUACAAAAUCAAGACUUGCCCAAAAAGAAUGCUUCAGGAUAUUGAAAUCCUUCAAGACACGUCUCGGGGUUUCGGCUAACUCCAGUGGUGUGCUCACGUUUCUGAGGAAUACCGUUACUAACCCCUGGACAUCGGCUGACAACACGAUACAAAUGCUGGUACAACAGUUCCGAAAAGUGGUCAUUCAGUGUAUUGCAGAGAUUGACGAGACUGAAAACAAAGCCGGUGAACAAACAUACUGAUAAUGAUGCCAUGGACAAAAAGUGUUACUUGUAUAAAAAUCGACUAAUGUCAACAGGACUAUGUAAAUAAUAGUUUAUUGUAAUCAAGGGAAUGAGUUUAUGAUUGAGGAUUUUACUAUUUUUCUCUCAAAAUAAUCUCGGUUUGUGGUUAUAUUUAACUUCUUGUCGAAUGCUGAAUAACUAUAUGCACAAAAUAUAUAACACAAUGUAUAGAUAUGUACUUGGUUUCAUUA